AUGUUUCACACUGAGUUACUAGCUGUGAUCCUCUUAUGUUUAGUAAUAUUUUUCAUAGCUCUUUGGUAUUUAAUAUUUUAUCCCGAUUCAAGACAGAUUAUGAAAAGUACAAGACGUGUAAAAUCUAUGAAUAAACAGUCAAAUAAUAAAGACGCAAGAAAAGAAAUUGCCCGACUUUAUAGCUUCGAUAAAAAUGCCUAUCAAGAGACGAAUCUUUAUUCAUGUGGUAUUAGUAGUAAUGAACAUUCGAAAUGUGAUUCAUUUGGUAAUGCAAGUUUAAAAACAAUCAAAGAAAUGAUGAGAUUUAAAGAAAGACAACAAAGAUACAGUUUACAACAGAUGUCAUCAUAUCAAUCAAAUGAGAAUGAUCAUAGAUUACCAGUCGCCAGUGAUAAAAAAACUAAACUUAUUUUUGGUUUAGAUAAUCCACCAUUGAAUAUUACUAAACUUCAAAUGGUACAACCGGAUUAUAAUUUAGUUACGAAAAAAGGGAAAUUAAUUCGAGCAUUCUCUGAAAGUUGUACGACUAAAUGUGCAAGUCACACUAGUAGUAUCGGUCAUGAGAAUGGUGAGAUAAGUGACAAUAAAACAUCAACAUCAUCCGGUAAAGAAACACAAAAAGGAAUUCAUUUAGCAAAGUUAAGUGGUUCAGAUCUUGCCAGGAACUUACAGCCUUGGCCAAACCGUACAAAAUUCAAUAAAUCAUUAUUUCGAAGUGAAAAAUCAUUAUCAUCAUCAAGCGAAUCUGUAUGGUCGGAUGUUAAACGUCGCUUAAGUAGUACUGAAAAAGUUUUCGACCCUGUUAUGCGUAUCUUGUCUACAGUACCGUUGAAAAUCAAACCGAUUUAG